AUGUCUAGCGACGAAUUUUAUUAUUCGCCUAAAUAUUACGAUGACAAAUAUGAAUACAGGCAUGUUGUUUUGCCAAAAGAAUUAGCUAAACUUGUACCUAAAUCACACCUUAUGAGUGAAAGAGAAUGGCGUGAUAUAGGGAUCAAACAAAGUCAGGGAUGGAUUCAUUACAUGGUACACAAACCAGAACCACACAUUCUACUUUUUAAGCGUCCCAUCACUAGUCAGCCUGAAAACCGAUAA